UUUCUGUAGCCAUCACUCUCUCUUGUCGGCUCUCUGCCUCUUGACAAUGCUGGAGACGUCUGUUUUUAAAUGUGAAAAGACCUCAAGGACAAAGGCUACACGAUGGUUUUGUUUUGUGAUGCUGUUCGUCAUCAUAGGAACUUCAAUGUUCAUUUUCUACAGUUCAAGCCCUCAAGUAUCAUGGCCAUUGAACUUUUUGACAACAAGCUCAGGAUCAAGCCAAUCUACCCUCAAUGUGUCCAAUAAUGUUGGAAGUAUCUCUCCAGAUGACCCUCCAGCAUCAGAGUACUUUGUAGCAUAUCCUGGAAAGUACCUUUUCAUAGUGGAUGAACCAGAUAGAUGUCAGCAGGAAAGCCCAUUCUUGAUCCUUUUGACCCCAGUAGCACCCCACAACACAAAGACCCGUGACGUUAUCCGCAACACAUGGGGGAAAGAAACCACAGUGUUGGGUCAAAGGGUCAGCCUUUUCUUCCUGCUGGGAGUAUCUGCACUGGAAGAUGGGACAGGGCCCAUUAAGAAGCAAAUUUUACUGGAAAGCCAAAGACAUCAUGAUAUUCUCCAGAGCAACUUCUUGGACACAUACAAUAAUCUCACCAUUAAAACCAUGAUCAUGUUUGAAUGGGUCAUUUCCCAUUGCCCCAACAGUUCCUAUGCCAUGAAGGUCGACUCAGACAUAUUCCUUAAUGUCCACAACCUUGUAGACAUGCUUUUGAAAGCCCCCCGACAUCUCUAUAUGACAGGACUGAUUGCAAGGAAUGCUACUGUUUUAAGAGACCAGAACUCAAAGUGGUAUUUGCCAGUUUCAGCCUUCCCUGAAUCUACAUACCCAACCUAUGCAAUGGGACUGGGCUAUGUGUUCUCGCUGGAUUUACCAAAGAGGAUACUGGAGGCGUCUGCACACGUUAAAGCUAUUUACAUUGAGGAUGCAUAUGUGGGACUUUGUCUGAGACAUUUGGGAAUCUCACUAACUGAUCCUCCUCACAGUGGUUUGUUCAUGGUGUCAAUUCCUCAGAGCAACUGUUGUUGGACGUCUGUCAUUACAACAAUACUACAGAACUAUAGACAGCUUUUACAUGUGUGGGAGACAUAUCAGACUCAAAUCAAAAGUGGCUGUUAGUCACUUUUUUUUUGUAAUACAGAGACAGACGCUGUAACGGCCUUAUUUAACAGCACAGUAUUUACAGCGAUACACAGUUUACAUUAUGACUAUUUUUAUUUACAAGGCCUGGUUCAGACUUUUGAUACUGAAGCGUUGGAUUUGAAAUAUACAGUAUAUAUAUAUAUAUAUAUAUAUAUUCAAUAUUUAUAUGAAAGCUGAGCAGAUUGUGGUCACAGUGUUUGGUCUUUCCAAAGAUUGCACACAUCAGUGUCAACAAUUACAGUUAAGUCGUCUGCACUUCAAGCCCCCGUACAUGUAGGGCAUUACCUUAAUUUUAUCCAGAUGAAAAUUGUAACUUCUACUCAGGGUUAUGUUGAGAAUUGUACAUACAGAAAUGUCACUUGCAAUACAAAGGGAGCUUCAAAGUGGCUAUAUGAAAGCAAAAACCGCACAUGAAAAUGUUAUACCAAAAAAGCGUUUGAGUUUGACGUGAUGAAUAUACAGUAGGGGUGUGCAUCUCUCCUCUAUGAGACAAUUUGAUCCAAUUCAUUCAGCUAUAGGGCUACGAUCUGAUGCAUUGGACGAUUUAAUUUAGUACGAUGCGAUCCAUCUGACACCAAUUGAUGACUGAUCAAAAGUAAUUUGUGGUUUCAUUUGUGUUUCAUUUUUUUAAAAAACAUGUCCUUGUGUUUAUUACUUUUCCAAGACACGAGAGAAUAGGCCUACUGUACAAACAAACAUUUAACGCCAACAUUUUGUGUAUUACUUAAGAGUAAUACGGCCGAUAAUGUUGGACAAUAAUAGCAUAUCACAGGACUAUCCUUAUCGGCUAAUUUUAUCUCCGAUAUGUGCCGAUAUAACUCGGUUUAUUCAAUUCAAGUUUAUUAUUCAUUUUUACAACAUUUUGUUUAUAAAUGUUAAUUUCUAAGGUUAAAAAAUGUUUUCAGUGCACUGUUGUUAUUCUGGCAAAUAAAGGCUUUAGUUCAACUGUAAAAAAUUAGCAUUUUCUUAAUUAGAAAUCUUUUUCACAAGUGUUUGGUAACAGCAUUUGAGGGAUCAACGCAGUAAAUGUAGGUGUAUAUAUCUAUCUAUAU